ACCCAGCUCGUGGGUUUGCGACGAACCCAGGUCUUGGGUUAGCAACGUCCAUUUGCAAUGCUAUUAUCCAACUGUGGAGCCGCCGGAGCCGUCGGCCUUUUGGCCUACACCGGGAACUCCAAUGUGAAAUGGAACAAAGUUUGCAAUAUUAUCGAUAGAUUCUGUAGGCAAGGUGCUGUUCGCGAUGAACCCAGGUCUUGGGUUCGCGAUGUCCGUUUGCAAUGCUAUCAUCCCGCUGUGGAGCCGCCGGAGCUGUCGGCCUUUUGGCCUACACCGGGAACUCCCAUGUGAAAUAGAACAAAGUCUGCAAUAUUAUCGAUUGAUUCUGUAGGCAAGGUGUUGUUUCAAUUGCUUGGUUGCUUCUUUAUUGUGGCAUUCCUCUUCCAUAUUGUGGUUGCUGUUUUGAGCCUUCACAACGGAUCCAAUUCCGAGUAGAAUCUAUUUAGUUAGAUUUUUAGAUUUUCCUUACAUAAUGUUUGAAACAAAUAAGCAUGAUAUGUAAACAUACAUUUAACAAACAGUAUCUGGAAGUAUAUAUGUAAAAUUAUGAGUUUUAUCAAGACUGAAUUGCAUCCAAAAAAAAUAAUUGGCAAAAAUUUUGUUCUAAACUGGUGAUGCCAGUGACGAGUUUAGAAGUCUCUUGUAAGAAUUGAGUAAUUGAAGAACAUUAUCUCCUGAUAACAGUUUCUGAAUCAUCAAUGCACUAGCAGCUCAGUUCUGUGAUA